AUGGCAACCACCACUGUUAGUACAACAGGAUCAGGCUCAACCAUCACUCAAACAACAUCCGCUAGUACAACAGUCACUACGACAGCCUCAGCUUCAGCGUCCACCACUGUAUCUACAUCUGCCACCACCACCGUUUCCACCGCGUCAACAGUUGCCUCAACGUCGGUUAGCACUGUAGCUACUUCUGCAGCCACAGCCACGACCACCGUGUCAACUUCCGCCACUACAACAGCCAGUACUAUUGGUGCGGGAUCUACAAUCACUCAGACAACAUCUGUUACCACAACAGUUAGCACUGUUGCCACAAGCCAGGUCACUGCCUCGACCACUGUAUCGACUUCGGCCACCACAACAGUGUCCACAGCUUCAACUGUUGCCUCGACAACAGUGUCCACCAUUGCCACUGGCGCUGCUUCAGCCACUGGUCCAAUCACAUCAACCGUCGCCACCACCACUGUAUCAACUGCGUCGACAACUGUAAGCACUGUUGCCUCGACCACCAACAGACCACCAACAUCUACUGUUGCCACAACCACUGUGUCCACACAGUCAACAGUUGCAAGCACCACUGCUUCGACCUCUGCCAAGCCAACGACGACCACUGCCUCAACAACUUUCACAACCACUGCUAGCACAACUGGCGCAGCAUCAACAAUAACUCAAACCACAAGUGUAACCACCACUGUGAGCACCUCUGCCACUAGCCCUGUGACUGCUUCGACAACCGUGUCAACAUCUGCUUCGACCACUGUAUCCACCGCGUCAACUACUGCUUCAACGAGAGUAUCCACAACAUCAACAGUCGAUCCAAGAGGAGUGACCACCACUGCCUCGACCACUGUCACCACCACUGCCAGUACCUCGGGUCAAGCUUCAACCAUCACUCAAACAACCAGUGCCACCACCACCGUUACUACUACGGCGGCUACUGGUAGGGCUACAGAUUCCACUACCGCCGUCACUACCACUGCCAGCACAACAGCCACGACCACCGGUGCCGCCUCGACCAUCACUCGGACAACCACAGUGUCAACUGUUGCUCAAUCGACCACAGUCACGACCACCGCCAGCACUACCGGUCCAGCUUCAACCAUCACUCAGUCCACAUCGGCAACGACAACUGUGAGCACUGCGUCCGCCACUAGUCCCGUCACAUCGACAACAGCCUCGACCACAGUUACAACAGCGUCAACUGUUGCAACUACCUCUGUUUCGACCACCGCCUCUUCCAAGCCCACAACCACGGCGACCACCACAGUGUCCACUGCGUCUACAGUUGUCUCAACCACUGCUACUACAGCCACAUCGACCUCAGCCACCACCACAGUGAGUACCACUGGAGCAGGCUCGACCAUUACCCAGACCACUACGGUUACCACCACGGCAACACCAGGCUCGACAACAGUAUCUACAUCUGCUAGUACUAUUGCAACCACCACCGGUCCAGCAUCGACGAUCACCCAAACCACAACCGCCACGACAACAGCCACCUUGGCCUCAACAUCCGCCCAGCCAACCUCGACCACCGUGACCACAACUGCAUCCACGGCAUCAACAGUUGCCUCGACGAUUGUUACAACCACUGCAUCCACUGUUGCAACAACAACUCAGUCCACUGCAUCUACCACUGUCACCACGACUGCUUCCUCGUCUGCGCCAUCCUCGGGACCAGUCACCUCCACUGGUGUGUGGCUGACACAAGCGCUACGCUAA